AUGCCUUCCUCCAAACUUGGCACGAGGCCUCCUACCCAACGAGAGCUUGGCACAGGCUGUGCCUACGAUGUCCCCUGGAAUCCCAUGGCAGUUGCAGGCCCCCUCUUCUUCCGUGGCAGGCUACGGCCAGCUUUGGGCGGAGAUCGGCGAGCGGAACCGGGCGGAACCGCCCGUGGCACCCUUGCAGACCAGCUACGAGUCCGUGCUGACGCAGACCGUGGGGCCGGCGGCCUUGGACGUGGCGGCCUACUGUUCCAUCAAGGACUUUGGCAUGGAGAUGGCCGAGAGGGGCACCUACAGCAACAGAGCCGAGAGGUGCCACUGCCUCCGGGGCGUCCAGAUUACGGUCGCCAGCUGGCGAAGGUGGAGCUGCCACCAGACAACGUUUGGGGAUGGCAAGCACAGAUGCAAGCAAAGCGCCGACUGGACGAUGCCCUCGAGACCAACCGGAAGAUACGCGAGGCGCUGCAAGGCAGCGUGCGUCGCAUGCAGCGGGCCAUGCCCCGCGCCCCUGGCGACCCCGAGAGGCCGCCGGCGCCGGCGCCUGAGUCGCCGCAGAGUUCGCCGGGCGGAUCGCCACGCUAUCACCGGGUGAAGCUGGAAAUUGAGGUGGUGAGAGCCACAGACCUUCCCUCGGCCGCCUUGCUGUCCACGUCUGACCCCUAUGUCGUUGUGAGCAUCGUGGAUGGCCAUCCUUUGCAAGAUCCUGAAGCAUUGAAAGGUUACGAGGACUGGCGCUCAGUGCAUGAGCAAUUUAGUGGACAGACGCGUGUCGCAGAGGGGACGAACCCGGAGUUCCGUGCACGGUUCCUGGCAGAGGUCCGGAAUCGAGAACAGACUCACAUCCAUUUCCGCCUGCUCGAUCAGGACAGCAUUUCCCAUGCAGACCGGGAGAUUGGCCAGGCCGUGCUUCCCUUGGUCGACGUGCUGGGUGAGUCCUGGGCAGCCGUCCGUGCCAUUGCCCUGAGGCCAAUGGACCGCACAAAUGCACAAGCCUGGGCGGCCAUUUCAAAGACUCGGCUUCAUGUUGCUGUGAUUUCAGAGGGAAUCCUUGGAAGAGUGAAGAACGAGGAGCAGAUUCAGCGCGCCGCUGCCAAGUGGCAAGUCCAAGCGCAUGGCAGGAGGGCGGCACGACCACGCGCGGACCAGGAGACAGGCCUUCUGGACUUUUUUGGAUGA